AUGCGCUGCCAUGUGCUACUUCUACUGGUGCUACUGGCGUCUGCUCAGCGCGCCGCUGCCGAGAUCGCCUUAGGCGCACUGGCAGGCUGGACGGUCAACGAUGAGGGCGAGUUCGUUGCCACCAUCGCGGCGAUGAUCGACUACGGCAGCUCGGCAAAAGGAAAGCAUUGGGACGCUGCUCUGGCGGCGCGGUUUGGCCCGCCCGUGAUCGAGAUCCCUGGAGGCGUGCAUGCGAACGGGAGCUCCGUGACCAUGCGCGUGGGGACCUCGCAUCUGACCCCCGACAUCGGCUUGGCCACGGCUUUGGACAUGAUGCUGGGCCUGGACGGGGUGCAGCCAGCCGUGGGAUUGGUUGGGGCCCGCGCCUCCAGCAUCUCCAUGCCCAUAGCGACCUUAGCUGCCGUCCGGCAAGUGCCGCAGAUUUCUUUCGGCUCCACCAACCCAUCCCUCUCCAACAAGGCCGUGUAUCCCUACUUCAUGCGAGUGGUGCCGCCAGACACUGUACAGGGCCUGGCGUUAUGGAGCUGGAUCGUGCAUUUCAACGUAGCCUCGGCCAUCUGCUUCUACUCCACGGAGCCCUUUGGUCAAGGCCUCCUGGGCGUCAUGGAGGACCUUGCCCGAGAGGAGGGCGAGCCGGACCGCGUGAGGGGCCACGCGCUGCCGUACAAUCCCCAAGGGAUGUCGGACGAGGAGGCCACAAAGGUCAUCCACGAGCUCAAGCUUCUGGGUCCCCGCUUCGUGAUAUUGGCCCUGGCGCCUGGCCCAGCUACCGAGAUCUUGCCGGUCUUGCAAAAGGAGGGGCUGAUGGGUCCGGAUUGGCAGUUGGUGGGCACCGACACCAUUUCCCCCACGAACCCUCUCCUCUCCGUCGGGGUCAUGACCUUUCUUCCUUACGGAAAAGGCGAUCUCUUCCCGACUUUCCAGGCGUUUUGGUCCCGGCUUGAGCCGGAGGACAUCAUUGGCCCGGAAGCCAAAACCAAGUACAGGUUGGAUGCGAUGAAGCGGCCCCUCUCCGAUGAGCUGGUGAGGGACACCAUGUCAAGGCUCCAGGAGGCCAACUCCUGGGCCGCCCUGACCUUCGACGCCGUCUACUCCUUCCUGAUAGCCAUCAACCAGCUCCUGCAGAGAGGGGUCCCGGAGCACGAGAUCCAGGGCCCAGUCCUCUUGGAGGAGCUCCGGAAGCUGACCUUCGAAGGGGCCUCUGGCAGCAUCGCCUACAACGAGGACGGCGACCGCAUGGGCUUCUUCGAGAUGAUGAACGUGCAGCCCGGCAGUGGCUCCAACCAAGCCGUGGGUGCCGCCAUCUUCAGCGCGACGACCCGGGGCUUCACCUUCACCAGCGACCUGGUCUGGAUGGACGGAUCUACAGGGGACUUUCCUCCAGCGCGGCUGUCGUCCUGCGGUCCGGGAUUUUACAAAGAUGAGAGCCGGCAGUGUCGGAUCUGUCCCAGGGGAAGCCGAUGCUCAGGGGAGUCCUUGGCCGUAUGCCCCAGGGGCACCUUUGCGAACAGCACGGGGAUGUCGAACUGCACCCAGUGCCCUCCAGGCCACUUCGCGAGAGACGUCGGCUCCUUCGAGUGCAGCCCCUGCCUCCCGGGCUACGAGGCCCCCGAGAUGGGCCUGGAGACUUGCAUCAGGUGCGAGCCGGGCUCCUACAUGCCCUCGGCGCGGGGCACGUCCUGCCUGGCCUGCGGGCUCCAGCAGAUCACCCGGGAGAGCGGCGCCGAGUCCGAGGCCGAGUGCCUCUGCGCGGAGGCGACCUUCAUGUGCAGGCACACCAACACCCUGGAGCACUCCGAGCCCGAAGGCUGCAUCUCCUGCCCGGAGGGCCUGCGAUGCCCGGAGGGCCUGGGCCCUCCCCUGCAGCAGGAGGGCUACUGGGCCGACCCGGAGGACUUCCUGGCCUCCUUCACCUGCGAGGCCUCGGUCCUGCGCUGCCGCAACAAGCACGAGUGCCCGGCAGGGGCCAUGGGGCAAUGCGCCAGUGGGCGCCAGGGCCUCGCAUGCAACAACUGCCAGAGGAACCAUUACCCUGUGGAAGAUGGCCCCAACAUGGGGACGUGCCAGCCCUGUGGGGAGAGCGACUAUCUUCCCGGUGUCUUGCUCUUCAUCUUCGUGCCGACGGCCCUGGUUGCCGUCAGCAUGAUGAAGAUGGAGCCCAGCCAGCUCAGCUUCAACUUGCUGACGGCCGCCGCAGUGGCGAGCCAGCUGAUCGUGGCCAUCCAGGCGCUGGGCUCCAUGCAGCAGCUCGCCAUCGAGUGGCAGCAUCCUGUGAAGGGCCUCCUGGAGUUCACGGACAUUCUGACCCUGGACUUCGACUUCGUCCGCAUUACCUGCCUCUCGGGCACCGACAGCCCGGUGCUGAAGUUCGUCAUGCGGCUGCUGACUUGCCCGACUCUCUGCGCCAUCCUCUUCGCUUCGUGGUUCCUGGGCAAGCUCCUGGGCCGCCCGAAGCCCCUGGACAGCCUCCUGAACCUCUGCGGCCUCUGCCUCUUUGCCUUCUUCCUUUCGAUCACUUUGGCCACGUUGAGCCCGCUACGUUGCGUGCCGAAUCCGAACGGGACCAGCUCGCUGAUCACGGAUCCAGGCAUCCUGUGCUACGUGUCCAACGAACAUCUCGCCCUGGUCGGCCUGGCCGCCGCGGGUGUUCUGAGCCAGCCGGUUCCCAUACUCGCGUGGGCCACCUAUGCCACCAUCAAGUACCCCUCGCGGGUUGCCAGCGGCCGAGCCCUUCGCCGCGUGAACCGCUACCGGUUCAUGUUCCACAGGUUCAAGGCGGACAAGUACUGGUACGGCCUGGUCUUGCUGGUCCGCAAUGGCCUGGUGGCCACGCUGCCCAUCGUGACGGUGGAGAUGCCAGAGCUGCAGGUGCCCUCCAUGGGCCUGAUCCUCCUGGCCAGCGGCGCCUUGCAGGCCCGGACCUACCCGUGGCGCACGGAGCAGGCGAACCACGUGGAGUUGUUGCUCAUCGGGCUGCUGAUUUUGAUGCUCCUGGCUGCUGCCCCGCUGCUGAGCCACGACGUGCAGCGGUCCUCCAACUUGCUGGGCUGGCUCCUCUGCUUCCCGGUGAUUGGGGUCAUGGUCGUGGGGGCCGCGGCGCUGCUCCGGGCUGGCCUCAAGCACGCCUGGCGCCGGCGCCUCUACGGCAUCUUCCUGUGCCACCACAAGGGCGGUGCCGGCAGCCUCUGCCGACUGGUAAAGAUCCUGAUCGCGCGGAAAACCCCUACCCGCGUAUUCUUGGACUGCGACCAGUUGGAGAACCUGGACUUUCUCUUCGACAUCGUUCGCACCGCUACAAGGAGUAUCGUGGUGGUGCUGACGCCCGAAAUCCUCAAGCGCGUGUGGUGCGCCGGCGAGAUCACCACCGCCUUCAAGAACGGCAUCAUCACGGUGCCCCUGCAGUGCGAUGGCUACAUUCCCCUGACCGAGGAGGGACGAGAGCUAAUCCUGUCCUUGUGGACACCUCAGCAAAAGCAGAUGCUGGCCGGGUACGGAGUCGAGGCGGACGACAUCCGGGCCGCGUACCACUGGCUGCAGGAGGAGCUUGAGCCGCUAAGGAUGCCACGUUUCGGACCGGUCGCAGACAGGGAGGAGGUGGUCUGGGAGCUUCUGCAACAGUGCGGGAUGGUGUCGAUGUUGCGGAACUUCUCCCUCAAGCCGGGAGGAUCCAGGAGCAGCCUCGCCACCUCCAGGGCUCGAAUUCUGAUCAUGAGCUCUGUGUCAGACGCCGAGUGCCUGUCCUCCUGUGAGGUCUUCCAGCUCAUGUUGCAGGCGCAACUGCGGGUGGAGUGCACCGUGGUCCAGCAUCGGCGGCAGAUGCUCAAGUGGAAGCCCUUCGCCUACUACCUGGUGGUGUUGCUCUUCCGCGGCAUCUUCUCGGACCCCGGCUUCGCGCGGUUGCUGUUGGCGGCCUUCAGCCCGCCCGGGCGCGCGCUGGAGGUUCUGACCCUCAUCGCCGACGUCCAGUUCGAGUUCCCGAGCUUCGAUCUCAACAGCACCCCGGAGCCCGACGAAGAUGCGGAAGAGGAGGCAGAUCGGCAACAGCUGCUGCAGGCUUAUCGAAGCCUUGUGACCGUCCUCGCGCUGCCUUUCUCGCCCUUGGCAUCUGAAGGUCUUCAGCAGAAGCAGGUCGCGGGGAUUGCCGACCGGAUGCACCGAUACAAGGAUCCGGCGGCUGCCGCUCCCCGUGAUGAAGCGGAUGACAACUUCACCCUCAAGCACCUUGAGGCCAUCGGCUGGACCGACAACAACAACGCGUCGCAGGUGACGAAUAACCCGGAGGACGAAACUCCCUUGCGACUGACCCUGAACGAAGGCUCGACCAAACUUUCCUUGUGA